GCCAUCGAAGAAGAAGAAGAAGAAGAAGCAGCAGUCCAGCAGUGUGUGUGUGUUGACGUUUAUGCUGAGCUGAUUGUGUUUUAGUGGUUUUAGUUUUAGCCAUAAACUUCAAUAACGUCUGUACAGUCUGCUUUUAAAGUACAGGUGUGUAUAUACGCCAGUGCUGUGCCGUGUAUGUGCUAGCAGCACAUUGUCCAACAUGGCUGUGACAUCACAACUGCUCCGAGGCUUGCCCCGUACCAAGGUCUUGGCUUCCAGUUUGUUACCGUGUCAACACCAGUUUCAGAGUGGCUCAUUUAGUCACUGUCGUGCUUCAAGGCGACCGUCCCAUAUGUGGUUGAGUCAGCACAACUCAAGAAGCUACGAGACAACGUCAGUGCUGUACAGCUACAUCCUCUCUCCUCAACAGGUCAACUCCAUCCUGAAAGCCAAUGAGUACAACUUCAAGGUGCCAGAGUUUGAUGGAAAGAACUUGUCUUCAGUGAUGGGUUUUGAGAGUAAUCACCUGCCAGCCAAUGCGCCUAUAGAGGACCGCCGCAGUGUAGCCACAUGCCUGCAGACACGGGGAAUGCUGCUGAGUGUGUUUGAUGGCCACGCUGGCUGUGCCUGCGCCCAGGCACUGAGUGAGCGGUUAUUUUACUACAUUGCAGUAUCACUGCUGCCACAUGACACCCUGUGUGAGCUGGAGUCAGCAGUGGAGGCUGGCAGGGCCCUCAGCCCCAUACUGCAGUGGCACAAACACCCAAAUGACUACUUCAGCAGGGAGGCUCAGAGUCUCUACUUCAACAGCCUUCGAACAUACUGGCAGGAGUUAAUCGACCUCACCAGUCCAGGUGAUGUUCCUGACACUCAGGAGGCGUUGCGUAACGCCUUCAAGAGGCUGGACAAUGACAUUUCCCUGGAGGCUCAGGUUGGUGACCCAAAUGCUUUCUUGCACUACUGGGUUUUGAGAGUGGCUUUUUCUGGAGCAACAGCAUGUGUGGCUUACGUCGACGGACCAGAGCUAUUUAUAGCCAAUGCAGGAGAUGCUCGGGCAGUGUUGGGGGUGCAGGAGGAAGAUGGUUCAUUCAGCGCUCUCACGCUCUCUAAUGAUCACAACGCCCAGAACGAGGAAGAGGUGGCUCGCAUACGGGCUGAGCAUCCUGCAUCAGAGAGGAAAACGGUUAUCAGACAGGAUCGCUUGCUUGGCCUCCUCAUGCCAUUCCGUGCUUUUGGUGACGUAAAGUUCAAGUGGGGUAUUGAGCUGCAGAAGCGUGUGUUGGAGUCUGGACCCGAUCAGCUUCAUGAAAAUGAGCACACAAAGUUUAUACCCCCCAACUAUCACACGCCCCCAUACCUGACCGCUGAGCCGGAGAUCACAUACCACAGACUGCGACAGCAGGAUCGUUUCCUGGUGAUUGCAUCUGACGGCCUCUGGGAAACGCUCCACAGACAAGACGUGGUUCGCAUUGUGGGCGAGUACUUAACAGGCGUGCACCAGCGUCAGCCCCUCCAAGUGGGGGGCUACAAGGUCACCCUGGGACAGAUGCAGGGUCUACUUGAAGAGAGGAAAGCCCGCCUGUCUUCAGCUUUCGAGGAUCAGAACGCGGCGACCUACCUUAUGCGUCACGCGGUGGGCAACAAUGAGUUUGGCACAGUGGACCACGAGAGGCUGUCAAAAAUGCUGUCGCUACCAGAGGAACUAGCCCGCAUGUACCGCGAUGACAUCACCAUAGUCAUCGCGCAGUUCAACCCUCAUGUGAUCGCAGCACAGGAACAGGAGGAGGCGUCCUGAGCUGUACAGACACGAGCGUGAAAUUAUUUAUGUAAAGGUUUCCGGCCAUUUGUAUGCAAACGAGACAAAUUCCGUUCCUGAGCAUAAUCGGCAUAUUUAGGUUGCCCCGUGCAGCUGUCUUGCAGACUGCUCUGCAGGAUGGACAAGGUGCUAUUCAACUUCCUCACCUGCUGAGCAGCUCAGCGGGAAUGAAAUGAUUCCAAAGAGGGUGAACGUGGGGGAUUUUACAAGAGCAGCUUCUCUGGGUGAAGCUCUGAUCUGCACUCUGGUAACACCACGCGCACUCGCUGCUGAGUGCUGAUGUACAGACGAAUGUAUCUGUUUGUCCUACUCUCUCUCUCUCUCGAUGAUUAUUCAUAGUGUCAAUGUGCGCACUUUAUUAGACAGGAGAUUCUGUUGGCUUUCACGCUGCUCCAUAACAUUGCAUUUGAAAUUAAUGACUAACAUUAAUUAAUUAAUUAAUUUUGUUGGCUGUUUGAUGUUCAUAUAAACAGCGUAGCCCUUUGUACAAUUGGAAGCAUAAAAAAAGGCUGAAAUAUGGCAUCAGAUUGGUGCCAAAACAUCUUCACAAGAAAAUGUGAAAAAUCAACCUCAUUGUUUCAUUUCAAACCCAGUGUGCUGGAGCACAAAUAUGGCCCAAAACCAUCCAAAUAAUUACAGUUCUGACUGUACAUACGCUGUCCAUAAAGCUUGAAGGACCCACACUACAGGUCAGUAGGGGGUACUGAUACAACUAUAUACAGCAAGCUCUUCUGUAACACUUGAGUACUGCUUAUUUAUUGAAUAAAGUACAGAUCUCUCUUCAUCA